GUUUGUGGGCAACGCUCACGGCCCGGAACGUGCAUAAAAGAACCGAGCUCGCGGUCAGUCGACAUCACUGCAAACACAUACUUUGGCUCGAAGUCGUCAGUUCGCUGUUUAUACGAUCAUCACGAAUCCGUCAGCUGUCGAUCUUCUCCGCAAUCGUUUUUGCAGUUCUCGUUGCGUCUAUCAAAAGUUAAUAUAAUUUAAAAACACGUCAAUCACGAUGACAUCAAACCCACUGGUCGUUUGCACUACAGUAGCCGUUCUGUGGUUGUCGUGUGCCUCCACCGCCGCCGACGUAUUUCCUGCGGUCAGUCAAGUCGUGUCCUCCAACACCGCUGAAGAACUCAGCCUAGCCGAUAUUUCACGGGUAAUCGACGCCCAAGAGCUGCUGAUGUCGUCUAGCACACCGUUUGACUUGUUGGGCGCUUUGAUUACUGGAAACGAUGGUGGUGAUCUGGCCGAAGGUCGGGGCAAAAAGCCCAAACCGGCGAAGAUAGCCAUGAUGAUGGCAGGUACGGCGGCCGCCAGCAUGCUGAUGAUGAAGGCCAUGGCUGCGAUCAAGCUGUUCAUCAUACACGCGUUUUUCGCCACCAAGCUCGGACUGGUGAUCGGCGCUUACCUGUUGGUGUGCAAACUGAUGGAAAUGAAACAGCCGCCGGCCAAGAAGUCAGUGCAGGUCAAAUGGGUGUCGGCGCCUUCGCAUUUUGACGAGCAUCCUCCGCAGAUGCCGCCCAUGGCGUCCCACUAUCCGGACGCCGGUCAGUCGUCUUACGAACCGCACCAGGAGCUGCAGCAACAGCAACAGCAAUCACCCGACCAGUACGGACCGCCGCCACAACAGCAACAGUACAUGUCGUACGGUGACUUCGGCGGUGGUAACGGCGGAGAUAUGCAGGCGCACUAUUCACACGUGAGUCCGGUCACGUACAGGCCGACGGCCAACCGCAAUCAGUCGGACAAUAUGGUCAAGUCUACGGGCAGAACUAAGAAAUAGAACGAACCUGAUGCCCCGCCGCUGACGACGCUCGUACAACUAUUACCUACUACCUACUGUACAACAGGGCCAGUUUUUAUUUUUAUAAAAAUAUUCAACAUCAUGUGCCUGUUAUACAGCGCGUGUUUUGUCUCUCUACACUCAAGCCCCAAUUGAUUAAUUAACUAAAAUCCACGGCCCUAAGAAAAUUUCACCACAACGCCAUUGACGCACACACACAAACACUAGUCUUCGUUUAUCGACCCAACUCUGUAAAAACGUAAAACCGAUUUCACAACAAUAAUUAUAUAUUAAUGGAAUAAUGUAUAUUGAACCGACAACGGUGAUCUAAGUGUAGAGCGAGUUGUACAUACAUCAUGGAAUAUUGCAUAUUUUUCGCCACAUGCAUGACUAAUUUUUAAUUUAUUACUCGUACUAAAAUAUUGUAUAAUUAAUUUAAUUAUUUAUUUAUUUAUUUGUUUGUUUGUUUGUUUAUGAACAUUCUAAUAUGCGGACAAUUCGACGUGUUAAUAACGUAAUACGUC